UGUCAAAUAUGAGUUAUAUCGAGUUAGAGAGAGAAGUGGCAAAAGACAGCGUAAGUUGUAAGUAGGUCUGAAGAGAGAAAAAUGGAACCUGAAAAGAUUGAAGAUUUGAAGAAAUUUGUAGAUCAAUGCAAAAUAAAUCCUUCCAUUCUUAAUGAUCCUAAUCUAGCAUUUUUUACAACUUAUCUACAAAGUUUGGGAGCUCGGAUUCCAGUGAAAACAGAAGAUGUGACAAUGGAGGAUGAUAUCGUAGAGUCGGAUAUUGAGUUUGAUGAGACUGGAGUAGCAGUAAACCCUGAUAAUGAUGAUCCUCCACAAAAGAUGGGAGAUACUUCUGUCGAGGUUACAGAAGAAAACUUGGAAGCUGCUCAAAUUUCGAAAUCGAAAGCAAUGGAUGCCAUAUCAGAAGGUAAGUUGGAUGAAGCAGUCGAAUACUUAACUGAAGCUAUAUUGUUGAAUCCAUGCUCUGCCAUCUUAUAUGCGUCUAGAGCUAGCGUCUUUGUGAAAAUGAACAAACCAAAGGCAGCAAUUCGAGAUGCAGAUGCUGCAUUGGAGAUAAAUCCUAAUUCUGCAAAAGGGAACAAAUAUCGUGGAAUGGCAAGAGCUAUGUUGGGGCAAUGGGAAGAUGCUGCCAAGGAUCUGCAUGUAGCUUCAUCGUUGGAUUUUGACGAGGAGAUUGGGUUGAUGCUCAAAAAGGUUACACCUAAUGCUCGCAAAAUUGAGGAUCAUCGAAGAAAAUAUGAACGACUAAGGAAAGAGAGGGAGCUAAGGAAAGCUGAAAGGCCACGUCCUCCACAAAAAAAGACAUCUGACCAGGAUGCAGUAUCUGCUCUCAAUGAAGGACAUGUUCUAAGUGUUCACUCCAAAACUGAAUCGGAUACCAAAUUCACUGCCGCAUCAAGUUUAUCCCGUCUGGUUAUCCUGUACUUCACUGCAGCAUGGUGUGGUCCCUGCCGUUUUAUGUCUCCGCUUUACCAGAGCUUGGCUGAGAAACACCCGAAAAUUGUUUUUGUGAAAGUUGAUAUAGAUGAGGCUAGGGAUGUGGCUGCACAUUGGAGUAUUAGUAGUGUUCCUACCUUUUUCUUCAUUAAAAAUGGAAAAGAGAUUGACAGGGUGGUAGGAGCUGACAAGGCUGGGCUUGAGACAAAGAUUGCCCAACAUGGGGGCUAGUUCUGAGAUACUGGCUGAUGAGUUCCAUUGGUUAAAAUAUCAGUUGUUGUUUUCUCUGUUGAGUAGCAGGUUAACUCUUGAUUGUCUGAAACUAAACCUUUUAAAGUCCAUUGUAUAGGCUGGAACCUCGAGUAUUGUCAGCCACUAUAGAUUUCCUACCAUAUUGCAAUUCUAUGCAAACUGUACAGAAGUGUUGAAAAAUUGUGUUUCAUUUGAUGCCUUGUCACUUAAUUUCGCAUCGUUUUUCUUACUUCUUC